UCAGCCUCCACCUCAGAUCAGCUCUAGACAAAACUCCGGUUUCCGUCGGACCGUCCAGCUCACUGAUUGCUGCCAUGUCAUUUGUUGCUCCUCCGGGCUACCAGCCAAUCUACGGACCUACUGUUCCUUAUCUGGGGCCCAUUUAUGGAGGCUUGAGGGAAGGGACGUCCAUCUACAUUCAGGGGUCUGUUCCUGAAGACAUCAACAGGUUCUAUGUCAACCUGCUCUGUGGACAGUUUGAGUCCAGUGACAUCGCCCUCCACUUCAACCCUCGAUUUGACGGAUGGGACAAGGUGGUCUUCAACACAUUUCAGAAUGACUCCUGGGAGUCAGAGGAGAAGAUUCAUAAUAUGCCCUUCUGCAAAGGCCAGUCCUUCGAAAUAGUCAUCAUGAUCACUUCACAAGGCUACCAGGUCAGAGUCAAUGGGAAUGACUUCUACACCUUCCAACAUCGUAUCCCUGUGGAGAGAGUUUGUGCAAUGGGUAUCGGAGGAGAUGUUUACAUCCAGACGAUUAACAUUAUAGGGGGCAGCAUGGGAGGUUGUAUGGGAGGAGGAAUGGGAGGAGGAUAUCCAGGAUGUGGCAUGGGGGGAGGAUACCCAGGUGACAUGGGAGGAGGAAUGGGAGGAUGCAUGGGUGGAGGAAUGGGAGGAGGAUAUCCAGGAGGUGGCAUGGGGGGAGGAUUCCCAGGACCAAACCUGCCGUGCAUGGGCGGACAGCCAGUCUACAACCCUCCCGUGCCGUUCUCCAACAUGAUCCCUGGAGGAUUUUUCCCUAAGAGGACCAUCAUCAUUAGAGGAAUGGUGCCCUAUGGAGCAGACAGAAUUAACAUCAACUUCAUAGCAAGCAGAACUCGGGACAUCGUCUUCCACAUUAACCCCAGGCUGAGUGAGGGGAUUGUGGUUAGAAACAGCAUGAUUGGAGGUGACUGGGGCCAGGAGGACAGAGAGCUCAGCUUGAACCCCUUCAUGGUGGGGCAGUACUUUGAUAUGUCAAUUCGCUGUGGGAACCACAGAUUUAAAGUGUUUGUGAAUGGGCGGCACUUGUUCAACUUCUUCCACCGCUGGCACUGCUUCAAUGAGAUUGACAUACUGGAGAUUGACGGCGACGUGCAGAUCUCCUACAUCCACUUCUGAGAUCCCACACACCUUUUCGAACUAUCAGUUCUUCACAUUGUUCAGAUAUUUCAUGUGCUUUUCAGUUGUUAAGUGAUGUUUCAGAGGAUAUGUCAGCGUUGUGCUGUUAUCUCAUUGUUUCUGCAUUGUUCCCUAACUGAAUCAAUAAACGUGCCACUUACACAUA